GCUGGGUGGUUCUGGUGCCGCUGAUGGGGAAGGGAAGGCCGCGUCCCGCUCCCGCAGCUCACUGAUCGUGAUGUCAGCAGUGGCAGGACCGUAGUAACGACUCGGUGGGAGUGAUGGCGUCAUUUUCUGCCCUGCCGUAGCCUCCUUCUCCGACACACAGCGAAGGGACACGGAUCUUUGGCCGACGCGACCGUGGCUCCUUUAGCCGGGAGCGAGUACCGCAGAGCCGGACGAGUCAUCGCUGGAAACAUGGAGGCUGUAGCUGAGGAGCUGCGGGCCGGCUUUCGGAUACCUGUCACUAUCGAUCAUAUAGUUAACGACACGCUGGUAGUGACGCUGACCUACCGAGAGAAGAACUUCACGGGAGUUUUACUCGAUUCAAACAAAAAGACCGGGCUCUUCUGUCUACCAGAUUUCACAACAAAGCUGGAGAACUGCCUGAUGCCUAAAACAGCUUGUGAAAUCCCAGAGAUCAUGAGUGAAGAGCUGGUUUCCAAAUCCCCGAGCCAGGCAUCACACAGACCAAAGGAUGAAAACUCGCUCCCUGAAAGCAGCACUCCUCACUGCCCCCUCUCCACACCAGUGCCAGCCGGACAAACUCCUUAUCCUCCUUAUUUUGAAGGAGCUCCCUUUCCUCAGCCCUUGUGGGUCCGCCAUACCUACAGCCAGUGGGUUCCUCAGCCCCCUCCGCGGCCAAUCAAGCGAAAGAAAAGGCGAACACGAGAACAGGGUCGAAUGACAAUCAGCACCAUCCGUCUGCGGCCACGGCAGGUUCUGUGUGAGAAGUGCAAGAACACACUAAACAGUGAUGAAGACAGCAAAGACGGCACCAGCAAAACAUCUACAAAAGAAAAUGGUGUCCAGAGCGACGAGGACGGCGAGUACCGGGAUUCUCCCGCAAAGGUGCAGAGGAAAGAAGAGGUUGUUGCAGCAAAGGACCCCAAAAGACGUGAAAAUGCCACCAGCCUGGACAGUAAACGUCCCAGGAAGGACAAGCGGGGUGAAGCUGAAGGGGAGAAAUAUGCUGCGGGGGACGUCAUCCCUCACAGCCCUGUCAUAAAGAUCUCCUACAGCACUCCACAGGGAAAGGGGGAGGUCAUGAAGAUCCCCUCCCGGGUUCACGGUUCAGUCAAACCGUUCUGCCCGAAGCAGAACGGAAAAGGGUCCGCUGAUGCCUCCAAGGAACAGCGGCACAUCCUGGAUGCCACCAGGUCUGGUCUCACAGUUUCUAUUCCAAAACUAAAACUAACCAGACCCUUUGCAACGGUGGGUCAGGACCCGCCCCGUCCAAAGAUCCGGUUGAGACCACCCCAGAGUGAGAGUGAGGAGACCAUGGUUGAGUACGACGCCGAACUGGUUGAAGGCACCAGGAGACAAAGCCCCAGGAUACUCGGCCUCCCCCACUCGGAAGACUCUGGAGAAGGGAAAAACUCCUUGGAGUUGUGGUCUGGGAGUUCUGGAGAGGAGGCGGAUCGUAAUCACAGCGACCUCACCCUUCUCAUCAACUUUCGGAAGCGCAAAGCAGAUUCUUCUAGUCUGUCCGUCUGCAGCAGUGACAGUUUAGAUGAGUCCAAGUCCUUCAGCUCUGAGGGUACCUCGCCGGAGCUGUGUGACCUGGCUCCGGGAGAAGACCUCUCUGUCACCUCGUCCUCUGUAAAUUCUAGGGACGACUGUAAGACGGUGCCACCUUUGACUGUCCGACUCCACACCCGCAGCAUGACCAAGUGUGUAACAGAGGAGGGUCACGCCGUGGCCGUGGGGGACAUUGUGUGGGGGAAGAUCCACGGCUUCCCCUGGUGGCCAGCUCGCGUCCUCAGCAUCAGCGGCACACGUAAACAGGGGACCAACACCUGUGAGGCCGAGUGGCCGCAGGCAAAGGUGGCAUGGUUCGGAUCUCCUACCACCUCCCAGCUCUCUGUCGCCAAACUGUCGCCCUUCAGGGAGCUCUUCAGGUCCCGCUUCAACCGCAAAAAGAAAGGGAUGUACCGGAGAGCCAUCAUGGAGGCAGCCAAGGCUGUGGGGCACGUGGGUCCAGAGAUCACGUCGCUGCUGUCCCACUGCGACACAUAGAAGCUGAAGACUGAAGAGGGAUUUCCAAGCAUCUUCUGAAUCCUCAGACUCUUGUCAUCACGGCUUAGGAGGGAGUACUUGUGGCUGCCAUGGUUACCAUUUACAUCCCGUUUAUAUAUUUUUUUUACACUUUAUUUUGGUGGUAAAGGAAAUGUGGCGAGGAGCAAAAUGAGAGGAACACAUCGACUGAAAACAGAAGGUCUUAGUUAUUUUUUAGAUUUGAUCGUCUCCGUAGAGCCGGAUAACAACACUACAUGGACCGAAUGUAUUUAUUGUCUUUAAUGAUUUAUAACCAUCCAGUGAUUUCACCUGUGCUGCUGUCGCCCCGUCCCCUGUCCUCCAUCCCUCUCUUGGACACCAGUUUAAAGUCUUACUCUGAACCCUUUAGUUUUGAUAAUGUGAAAGACUCCAUCCAGAGACGACUGCAGCGUUCCAUCCUCUUCCACACCCGGAGGAUCCGUGGAUGUAUUUAUACUGAACUCUCUCUCAAACCAUCUUCUGACUGUUUUCCAUUUCAUUUUCCACUCCAGGAGCAUCUCGUUGGUUCCUCCUUUCUCUCUAGCGGUUUAGAUAUCCCGAGAACAGUUUUUGCAUUUAAUUAUUUAAAGAUUAUAGAGGAGCAAAAGCACUUUAUCUGUACCUUGGUGGCCUGCUGUAAACUCACUGUCUGAAACACUAUCCCACCAUACAGCCUUGGUAGGCAGCAGUGCACUUCUCCGCCCAGUGGGCGAGUGUCUGUUGCCUUGGAAACAGAAAAUCUUCCAUAGUUUUUAAAAAAGUUUAUUUUUAGUCGUCUGAUUCACGGGAACACACACACUAGAGACAUCAAACCUUGUCCCGGUUCGGGUGGAGAACGUUUUAGCGCUCCUAUGCAUCGUCACUUAAAGCUUUAUGAGUUUAGGACAGACGCAUGAGCUGUGAGACUUGCUGUGAACUCUGCUGCAGAGCUGCAGCUGCAGCUGGCUGGCUGCAGGAUCGAGUCAAAGUGGCGGCUCCAGUUAAGACGUUUAACUCUACCUGGAAACUUUCACCGCAGUUUGUCACAAAUGUCAUAUUUAUUCAGUCAGUUGAUUUGAGCUAACGUCGCUAACUGUGAAGCUAACUUCUGCUAAAAAUGCCCACGGAGCUGGUCUAUAACCAGGUUACGAAGUUUUCAUUUUGGAGCGGUUUUCAAAAAGCUGAAACAUUUUAUAACUUGUCUCUUGGAUUAAACUUAGUUUAAUCAGAACAAAUGUCUUUUUCUCCAAACUGAGGUCAUUCAAAUGGCUGUCAACCACCAGUAAGAGGAGAAUUAUUCACAACUCCUAAAGAUGUAAAUGAAACAUUAAAUUCUGUUUGGGUCUAGUUCACCUUUCUGAUGAUUUACAAGAGCAAACUGCAGGCAGCAAAAAGUUUUAUUGUUUAAAUAUGGCAGCAACACGCUCUGACUAGCCGUUAGCUCAUCAGUCCUAAAGGAUGUAAACCCAGUUUCUUCAUACUGAGGCUGUUCAGGAACCUGUCUACAUCAGGUAAGAAAUGAGAACUUUUACACACAAACACUGAAGAUUGCACAUUACACUUCCAGCCAACCAGCGGCUUCGUUCCGCCGGUCUGGAAACAGGAAACGGGCUCUCUGUUGGCCGUGUUUAGUUAGUUUUUAUCCCGUUAAAUGAGAGAGCAGCUAUCUUCUCAUCUGAGGCUUUUUUAAUUUUAAUGAGCUGCUUUUGCGCCUGAGACGAGUCAUUCAUCAGGAUCUUCCCGUCUACGACCAACGUGGCCCUUGUUGCACGUGUCGGUUGUGUUCUCGGCGACUCUUUGGUUUUCUAUUUUUACAUGUACUGUAAAUACAAUAAAAUAUACAAGCAAUAUCUGUGCAGUUGUGGAUCCGUCAUUGGUGACCGGAGGGCUCUGUGUCCAUAUUGAACAUGUUAAUGUAUAUUUUAUGAUUAAAAUUGAUUGUUCAGUUUA